AUGAAUCUGCAGCGGAUUGGUAAUUUGGCCGCGGCGAUCGUUGCAUUGACAGCCUGUCUAUGGCCCCUCUCAGUACAUGCGGACGAACAUAACCAUGUGUACGUCAAGGGCGAAGAAGUCGUGGCCUGGAUGGACACUGUAGGACCACUCAACAAUCGACAAGAAACAUACCCGUAUUAUCAGCUUCCUUUCUGCCCAGGCACGAGCAGUGUUGAACACCACCACGAAACUUUGGGUGAAGCCUUACAAGGCAUGGAUCUUAUCAACUCUGGUAUUCCUAUUCGAUAUUUAGAACCAGUCAAGCAUGGCCUCAUUUGCCGCAAGACUUUCAAAGAUUAUGAUGUUCCUUCAAUGCUUUAUGCAAUCCACAAAGAUUAUUGGUAUACAAUGUUUAUUGAUGAUCUACCAGUAAGAGGUCCAGUGGGCAUGGUGACUGACGAUGCAGGAACCGAUGAUGAGGACCAUGUUGGGCAUGAUCCACGUUGGAGUCACACCUACUUGUACACUCACAAGAACUUUGCAAUUGAAUACAAUGACGACAGGAUUAUUCAUGUCAAAUUGGAAUAUGGCAACCCUGUUGAAUUACCUACCAGCCCACAGUCAAUGGAUAUCGAGUUUACUUAUUCAGUCGAAUGGACACCUACCGAUGUUACUUUUGAUAACCGCUUCCAACGUCUUUUGGAGACCGAUUUCUUUGAACAUAAGGUGCAUUGGUUAUCCAUCUUUAGCUCAUUCAUGAUGGUGCUAUUCUUGACGGGCCUAGUAUCUGUUAUUUUAUUACGCACAAUCAAACGAGACUAUGCACGCUAUGACCGUGAGGAAGGAUUGGAUGAUUUCGAUCGGGAUCUUGGUGAUGAUUAUGGAUGGAAACAAGUACAUGGUGAUGUUUUCAGACAACCUCCUCGGCUCAUGUUCAUGUCGGCGUUGAUGGGUACUGGAUGCCAGUUGGUGAUCUUGUCAGGUGUUGUGAUCCUUUAUACCAUCAUGGGCGACUUGUACGCAGAACGUGCUACCAUUUUGACGGCCACCAUUUUCCUUUACGCAUUGACAUCAGGAGUUGCUGGUUACACGAGUGCACGUUAUUAUGCUCGUUAUGGUGGCAAGGAUUGGGUGCGUAAUGUCUUGCUUACGGCUGCCAUUUGGCCAGGAGCUGUGUUCCUUAUCGGUGGUUACAUCAACAGCGUCGCCAUUUACUACUCAAGUUCGCGUGCCAUUGCAUUUUCCAUUAUUUUGGCCAUGGCAGCAAUUUGGAUCUUCUUGUGCUUCCCAUUGACACUGCUUGGUGCUAUCAUUGGUCGCAACUGGGGUAGCAAGGCUGAUUUCCCAUGCCGGGUCAAUCCUAUUCCACGCCCCAUCCCUGACAAGGUGUGGUAUGCUGAACCUAUGGUUAUCAUUGCUAUGGGUGGUGUUCUCCCAUUUGGAUCCAUUUUUAUCGAAAUGUACUUUAUCUUCACCUCGUUUUGGACGUACAAGAUUUACUAUGUCUAUGGUUUCAUGUUGCUGGUUUUCAUUAUCCUGCUCAUUGUCAGUGCAUGCGUGGCCAUUGUAAGCACCUAUUUCCUUCUCAACUCGGAGGAUCAUCGAUGGCACUGGCUCAGCUUCAUGACAUGUGCAUCGACUUCUCUUUAUGUAUAUCUUUAUUCUGUAUAUUACUUUUUCGCCAAGACAAAGAUGACUGGCAUGUUUCAGACGAGCUUUUACUUUGGUUAUACGGCGCUGAUAGCAUUGGGCAUGUUCUGUAUGCUAGGCUUCGUGGGACAUUCUGCAGCAACGCUUUUUGUACGCAGGAUAUAUCAAAAUGUCAAGAUUGAUUAA